AUGGCAAGCGGACGAAAGCUUGACAUUGCCACGGAUAAUCGUGAAACGGGUCAUGUGAACAAACAUGUUGAAGACGACGCUGUUUCUUCCCUUGGCGAUGCUUCCCCAAUGAACAUUGCGGAGGUACUGCAACAACGUCGACAAAAGGCAACCUAUUGUAAAUUGGCUUCUUUCUUUGGGAUUGCCAUAUGCUCGCUUAUCUUCAGUUUGUUGAAUAACAAAUUGAAUGAAUAUAUGAACAAGCCUGCAUCAACUGCGACCAAUAAUGCAAAGGAGUAUUCAGUUGAAGACAUGCGAACCCUCCAUUUUGAACGAGUGGCAUCUUCGAUGGCUCGGCCUUUUUUGCCGGUGGCAUCCGACAUCUGGUGCAUCGAUGCACGGUUAAAGUAUGAACAAGCCAAGCGGCGACCAAUGGGGCUAUCGUAUUUGAGAAUCCCACGAGCCGCCUCCUCGACUCUCUCUGGGAUUAAUCAGAGAAUUGCUCGCAACUUUGCAGCUCGGACUGGACUCAAAAAGAAUUGUAUUCGACACGAUGGAAGAAAGGCAGGCCCCUAUUACAGUGCCAGAGACCCCCUGAGUUUCUUAUGGACCUUUGUUCGUGAUCCAACCCAGCGUGCCAUGAGUCGUAUUGGUGCCUCCCUCAAGAAACAGCGUGGAAUACUACACAAUACCAUGCCCUUGUAUGAUUAUUCCGAUGAGAUUGUGGAAUCCCUCCAGACAGCGAACGAUGUCCAAUUUGGUGUCAUUAGUGCUGGCAGAGGGGGAUUCCAGCUCCAAUACAGCAUGCUUUCCAUCAUCGAAGAAUGGAGUGCGUUCAAUUCCAGCGAACCUACCAAAGUUAAGGAUCCAAAAAAGGUACAAGGGUAUGUACGGGAAGUUGUCAAGGGGUACAACUUCAUUGGCUUGGUGGAGCGUUUUGAUGAAUCUCUAGUCGCUUUGCAAUUGCUUAUGGGACUUGAACCAAACGACAUUCUCUAUUUUGCAAUCAAGACGCGGAAACAAUUCGAACUGAGUCCCAAAGAAAAGGUGUGUUUGGCGCCAUUGGACUGGAACGAGUUGCUCUCAGAAAAAGUGAAUCAGCACUUGGCAAGUGACGAGUGGUUUGCGCAAAACUAUGGCGACCACCUCUUGUACCAAGCUGCUAAUAUGAGCCUUGACCAGACUAUCCUAAGCUUAGGGCUAGAUGUCUUUUCCACAGCAUUGAAAGACUUUCGAAGGCUGUUGGACAAAGCCAAAUCAAGCUGCGACCCAGUUUUUCCUUGUUCUUCCAAUGGAACUCUUCAAGUGGAAGAGUCAAACGAGGACUGUUACGAAGGGGCUUCGUGUGGAUACAAGUGUCUAGAUAGCUUACCUUUGCAUUAA